AUGUCUCUCCUGGCCACCUACUCCGCCGUGCUCUCGAAGUUCACGUACGAUGCCGCUGCCAACUUCUGGAAGAUGGAUCUAGGUGAGGUUCCUUGCAUGUAUUGCCUGGAACACAUGGACAAGGACCCCCGAAUCCCUUGCAUCACCGACCAGUCGCCGAACUGUUGCCUACUGUGCGCCCAUGAUAAGAAGAAGUGUGGCUCUAUCUGGCGCGCCAACCGUGCCGUUAAGGAUGUGGCGUAUGCUUGGCGGAAGGUCGCCGAUCGCCUCCGUGACCCUAUGUCGCAGAAGUCUAAGGAUGCGCUCCAGUUGUCCCGCGUCCAGACGCAGGAGCUUGCCUCCAACCGAGAGCUGCUGUCCCUGCUCUGCCUCCAAGGUCUGCUGCUUGAGGCGAUCGAUCGCCUAGAUGGCGCCGAAAACAACCCGAGAACCGAUGUCGAGGUUGAGGGUAGUGACCGUGACAUUGCUGUCGAUGAUGGCAACCCCGGUCCUACUUGUCCUGUUUCCUUCGUUGGCCAGGGUCCUCGUCUCCGAGGCCCCGCCGACCCUUCGUCGACUCCUGGUGGCCGCAAGCGUGCUCGUCCUGCUGAUGGUGGCGAUAAUGACGAUGAGGCUCCCGAUCCUUCGCCGAGCAGACCCCCCAAGAGGGCCCGCAAGACUCGCAGCCAAACUGCUCGUGGCGGAGGUCGUGGUGGUCGUGGUGGUGGUCGUGGUGGUGCCAACAACAACCCUUGA